AAAAAGGGCAACGUGCAAAAAACCUUCCUCAAAUCCAACCUCCGACCGCGUCAAUGGCCGCCCAAUCACACGUCCCCACGUGUCCCCCCUCACCUCCGCCUUCUUAACCUCGCCACCUCCUCCUCUCCUCCCACCUCGCCUCUCUCUCCUCUCUCUCUCUCUAGUUUACUUUUCUUGGAGCCACCAAGAAACCAGCCAUGUCCGUGCUCGGUGUCUUCUUGGCGUCGCUGCUUCUGGCGGCGGUGGCGCCGGCGAGGGCGGCAGGAGGGGGGUGCGCGGCGGAGAGGUUCAGCAGCAACCGCGUGUACGCGGCGUGCAGCGACCUGCCCCACCUGGGCGCGUCCGUGCACUGGACCUACGACGCCGCGGCGUCGGCGUCGCUGUCCGUGGCGUUCGUCGCCGCGCCGCCGUCGCCCGGCGGGUGGGUGGCGUGGGGGCUCAACCCGACCGGCGGCGGGAUGGCCGGCACGCAGGCGCUCGUCGCGCUGCCCAAGGGGGGAGGAGGCGGGUACGAGGUCCAGACGUUCGACAUCGAGGGGUACUCGCUCUCCGCGCCGGGGAAGCUCAAGUACCCGGCGACCGACCUCGCCGCGGAGGUCGCCGCCGACGGCCGCGUCAGCGUCUUCGGGAAGCUGGCGCUGCAGAACGGCACCGCCGAGGUGAACCAGGUCUGGCAGGUCGGGCCGGUCUCCAGCGGGUCCAUGGUGCCGCACGCCAUGAGCAGCGACAACAAGGCCGCCAUGGGGAAGCUCAACCUCCUCACCGGGGCAGCCACCUCUUCCGGCGGCGGCGGCAGCAACCUCAGGAAGAAGAAUACCCAUGGAAUCCUGAAUGCUGUUAGCUGGGGUCUUCUACUUCCCAUGGGAGCCAUAUUUGCUAGAUAUCUCAAGACAUUCAAAUCCGCCGAUCCCGCGUGGUUCUACCUUCAUGUAGCUUGCCAGCUGAUUGGUUAUGGUGUGGGAGUUUCUGGCUGGGCCACUGGCAUUCAUCUAGGUAACCUGUCUAAGGGAAUCACCUAUUCGCUUCACAGAAACAUCGGGAUCACAGUAUUUGCGCUUGGUACCCUACAGAUCUUUGCGCUUUUCCUGAGGCCCAAGAAGGAUCACAAAUACCGUAUCUACUGGAACGCCUACCACCACUCGGUCGGUUACACCAUCAUCAUACUCGGCAUCGUCAACAUCUUCAAAGGGAUGUCCAUCUUGAACGUGGAGCAGAAGUGGAAGACGGGCUACAUCAUCACGAUCAGCAUCCUGGGUGGCAUUGCCGUGAUCCUGGAAGCUGUUACAUGGAGCAUCGUCUUGAAGAGGAGGAAGGAGGAGAACAAGUCCUAUAACGGCGCUUCAAACGGUCACUUGCCACUCUCUAUGUAAUUCUUGUAGAGGCAGGAGGGACUUGUGAUCCCUACUUAUAUAUUCAGGAGGCUAUAUUCAGUUAUGUUUAUGCUUAUAGGAUUAGGCCUUGUGAUCUUGGUAUCUCUUCUUUUGUAUGAUAUUUGUAUACUGCACACUAUACUGGAGAUGAGAGAUGCCAGUACAGCUUGUUUGAUUUUUUGUUCUGUUUGUGAAUUGCUGAGUUGAACAUCCACUUUGUAUGAUUUUGGUGCCAUUACAAA